UGGGCGGGGCGAAGCGGAAGACGAUUGGCCGGGUGCGCCGGUGGGCGGGACGGGCGCGCGGAGAUUGGCGGGAUGCGGCGCGGCGCGUGAUGCUCCUGAGCCUGGACACAGCUGCUUGGACAGAACAAGCCAGGAGUGCUGCCAUGUUUUCAGAGCAGGCGGCACAGAGGGCCCACACUCUGCUGUCCCCACCAUCGGCCAGCAAUGCCACCUUUGCCCGGGUACCUGUUGCAACUUACACCAACUCCUCACAGCCCUUUCGACUGGGAGAGCGCAGCUUUAGCCGGCAGUAUGCUCACAUAUACGCCACCCGCCUCAUCCAGAUGAGACCCUUCCUGGUGAGCCGGGCCCAGCAGCACUGGGGCAGUGGAGUCGGGGUGAAGAAGUUGUGUGAGCUGCAGCCUGGGGAACAGUGCUGUGUGGUGGGCACUCUCUUCAAAGCCAUGCCGCUCCAGCCCUCCAUCCUGCGGGAGAUCAGCGAGGAGCACAACCUGAUCCCCCAGCCUCCUCGGAGCAAAUACAUCCACCCAGAUGAUGAGCUGGUCUUAGAAGAUGAAUUGCAGCGUAUCAAACUGAAAGGCACCAUCGAUGUGUCGAAGUUGGUCACAGGAACGGUCUUGGCAGUGUUUGGCUCCGUGAGAGACGAUGGCAGGUUUCAGGUUGAGGACCACUGCUUUGCUGACCUGGCUCCCCAGAAGCCUAUACCCCCACUUGACACAGACAGAUUUGUGCUGCUGGUAUCCGGGCUGGGCCUGGGCGGAGGUGGUGGCGAGAGCCUCCUGGGCACCCAGCUGCUGGUGGAUGUGGUGACGGGGCAGCUUGGGGACGAAGGCGAACAGUGUAGUGCCGCCCAUGUCUCCCGAGUCAUCCUGGCAGGCAACCUCCUCAGUCACAACACCCAGAGCAGAGAUUCUAUCAACAAGGCCAAGUACCUCACCAAGAAAACCCAGGCAGCCAGUGUGGAAGCAGUCAAAAUGCUGGAUGAGAUCCUCCUGCAGCUGAGUGCCUCAGUACCUGUGGAUGUGAUGCCAGGCGAGUUUGAUCCCACCAACUACACACUCCCGCAGCAGCCCCUGCACCCCUGCAUGUUCCCACUGGCCACUGCCUACUCCACACUCCAGCUGGUCACCAACCCAUACCAAGCCACCAUUGAUGGAGUCAGGUUCCUGGGGACGUCUGGACAGAAUGUGAGUGAUAUCUUCCGGUACAGCAGCAUGGAAGACCACUUAGAGAUCCUAGAGUGGACCCUGCGGGUCCGUCACAUCAGCCCCACGGCUCCGGACACCCUAGGGUGUUACCCCUUCUACAAAACUGACCCGUUCAUCUUUCCGGAGUGCCCUCAUGUCUACUUCUGUGGCAACACCCCCAGCUUUGGCUCCAAAAUCAUCCAAGGUCCUGAGGACCAGGUGGUACUGUUGGUGGCCGUUCCUGACUUUAGUUCCACACAGACUGCCUGCCUGGUGAACCUACGCAGCCUGGCCUGCCAGCCUAUCAGCUUUGCAGGCUUUGGAGCAGAACACGAUGAGCUGGAAGACCUGGGGCUGGGUCCCUGAUGAGAGGCAGCUGGGCCAUUCCCCCUUGCCACGUGAAUGAACCCUGUAAAUAAACCAUGAAUUUUUACAGGUC